AUGCCUUUGGUCCAAUACUCGGAUUCUGAGUCCGAACCAGACGAGUCAGACGUUCAGACUCCGCCAGCCAAGAGGUCCUGUCUCAAACAAGCCACCUCGGGCAAGACAUCGACUAUACCUCCACUUCCAGCGGCAUUCCAUGAUCUAUAUGCCUCAACUACACGCGUCAGCACUCAAGAUGAUCCGAGUCUGCAUGGGGGUCGAAAACGGGUGAUUCCUCAUGUUGAAGGCAACUGGCCCACUCACCUGUACCUUGAGUGGUACCCAUCGAAGGAGGAGCUGUUACUUCUUGACGAUCUGAUACCAAAUGCCUCAAGCUCACAUCCAAAGAUUCAAAGUUUACUGCAUAGCGACCUAGGCGCUCAGCUGCCACUCCACAUCAGUCUAUCGCGACCAGUGGUUCUUCGCACCGAACAACGCAGAUCGUUUGAAGAAUCGCUACAAAAGAAAAUCGAGGAAUCUCAAAUAUCUCCAUUUGUCUUGACGCCCGAUGGCCUAAAAUGGGUUUCCAACUACGAGCGAACACGCUGUUUUCUUGUGCUCCAUGUUGCAAAGCCAGAACAAGACAGUCUGAAUAGUCUAUUGCACCUUUCUAAUAGUGUUCUGGAUCGUUUCAACCAGCCCCCUCUCUAUGCAUCGCGAAAUACUCCACUCACCCAAGAUUUCUCCGAUUGUUUUCACAUUUCCCUUGCAUGGACACUGAAUGAACCCAGCCAGGAAGAUAAGGACCGUGUUUCAGCGACUGAUCUCAAACCACUACAGCAUCUUAAGAUUCAGUUUGAUGGCGUCAAGGUCAAGAUUGGGAAUAAUCACGCCAUCAUAAAAUACUAUAAAACUAGAAUGAAUCUAAACAUUUUGAUGAAGUACACAUUUUGUUUGGUGAGCUGCAGCGCUGCGUUACGUAACUUCCAGUCGCGCCCGCGUCGCGCUAAAACCUCUCCUUUGCAAUCCUCGCAGAAACCCACGAUGCAGAUUCCAACAGUCACCCUGGAAGAUCUCCAAGCUUUCCAAGCGCAGCACUUCCCGGGACAAGAAACACUCAUCGAGCCGACAACCGAACCUGAAUAUGGCGACGAUGGCGACAAUGGCGACGAUGAAGACGAUGAAGACCUGGGCUACUACCCCGACGGGGUGAAAAGGACCCUGACUGAUGAACAGAUCCGCAUCUUCAGACACAGUGAGAUCCACGCGUUACUCCGUGCAAGACAACUUGAACAAGAUAAUGCCGAGUACGAAGCUCGUCAAGAGCUAUCAGAAAAGGAUGGUACCACCGUUGUGGAGACAACAUCAACCAAAACGGGUACUACAUUCAAAAAUGACAACGAGGACAAGACAAACAAGAAGGAACAGAAUUGCUCUGCUCCGAAAAUGUCCAAAAGACCAGCUGAGCACGACAUCGACCUUAGCUACGAGGAGGACCGCCAGUCACCAUCAGUAAAAAGACCUCAACAACCCAAGCACACUGCAUAUCCCGGGCGAAGGAUCAUUUCCUACGAUGACUGA